UAGGGGCCCACUGGUCACCUCAGUGCGGGGGGCCAACCUUUCUCUCGGGUCUCUCCUCAGUCAGCCAGACGGAGCGUCUGGCAGUGAGGCCGCGCUACCCGCCGGGGUCCUCAGGCCUCAGGCCCGCUCUAGUCGGCCCGCAAGGCGCGCAGCCGACGGGCCUCCCCCGCGCGCAGGGGUCGGAUGGUCUUGCCCGUCCGGGCGCGCGCGGGAGCGCCGACGGGCGGGGCCAGCGGCCUAUAAAAGCGGUUGGGGGCGGGGCGCACAGAGCUUUUCGGCGCCCGCGCUAGGACGUGGUCUAUCGGGUUGCUACAGUAGCUGCAGUUCUUCGCGUCCUCUCUGCGCUCCCGCCGCCGCCAUGGCCUGCCGGCCGCGAAGCCCCCCCAGGUGCGGGAGCCGCUGCGACAAUGACGCCAGCCCGCGGUCCCCCGCGAGAUGGAGCCUCGGACGGAAGCGCAGAGCCGACUGGAGGCGCAGGAAGCCAGAGGAUGCAGAGCAUGGCGAGCGCCGGGGCGCCGACCACAGACCCGAGAGCUUUACCACUCCUGAAGGCCCUAAGCCCCAUUCUAGAUGUUCAGACUGGGCAAGUGCAGUUGAGGAAGAUGAAAUGAGGACCAGAGUUAACAAAGAAAUGGCAAGAUAUAAAAGAAAACUCCUCAUAAAUGAUUUUGGAAGAGAGAGAAAAUCAUCAUCGGGAAGUUCUGAUUCAAAGGAGUCCAUGUCUACAGUGCCGGCUGACUUUGAGACAGAUGAAAGUGUCCUGAUGAGGAGACAGAAGCAGAUCAACUAUGGGAAGAACACAAUCGCCUAUGAUCGCUAUAUUAAAGAAGUCCCAAGACACCUUCGGCAACCUGGCAUCCAUCCCAAGACCCCCAACAAAUUUAAGAAGUAUAGUCGACGGUCGUGGGACCAGCAAAUCAAGCUCUGGAAGGUGGCUUUGCAUUUUUGGGAUCCUCCAGCUGAACAAGGAUGUGAUUUGCAAGAAAUACACCCUAUAGACCUCGAAUCCACAGAAAGUGGCUCUGAGCCCCAGACAAGCUCUCAAGAUGACUUUGAUGUGUACUCUGGCACACCCACCAAAGUCAGACACGUGGACUGCCAAGUGGAGGACGAGUUUGACUUGGAAGCUUGCUUAACUGAACCCUUGAGAGACUUCUCAGCCAUGAGCUAACUGUGCCACCUGGUGGUGGCCAGAGGAACAAAUGCCCCCACACCUGGUGGGAGGCCAGCUAAGGCCAAGCAUGUGUUGUGCCCUUGUACCUGGAUGGUUUCUUUGUUAAUAGCUCAUUAUCUCAUGAUGAAUUGUUAUUCCUGCCUUAUUUUCUUAAGAAAACAUUAGUUUUAUGUACCAGUGAGUGUAUUUUGCAUGUUUUAAAUUGUUAAUGGCGCUAAAUCCAAGGAAGAUUGAACUUAAAGCAAUUGUGCAACAAACUCAAUUGCUUAUUCUUAACCAUCCUCCAAGUUAAACUUACAAGUAUCCUUUAACAGGUUUUCCACAAGUAUUUUAGGCAUAAAUUUGCCACUUGUCAGAUGGGUUGUUUUGGAUUUAACCAUGAAUUCAUGGGACCAAUCUAAAGUCAGCCUUCUUUACAGGUGUCUGAUAAAGUAUUCUCAGUGUCAGACACCUAAAUGUCUUUAUGGAAACUUAGUGUUUGGCCUUUUUCCAGUAUGUCGAAGUGGGUUUUUUCCCUCAUACAGAGCUCUGAACAGUUAAACAUGUUAAAUUAAUGGGUUUUAUGUAAGUUAUGCAGUCUUAAUUUGGUACUUGUAAAUAGCGCUAGGUAGGCUCUUUAUCUAGAAUACUCUAAGAGUUAAGGCAGCAGAGGGAUUUAGAAAGAACUUUUUUUGCAAUCAGUUAAUUUACUAUGUAAAA